AUGACCGCAAUGGACAUGGAUGUGGAGAAGAAAGUAGCCUCUGCUGUGGAGCCAGCUGAAAGUCUCCCUUCAGCCCCGGAUGGUUUGGUGGUCGGUGAAAUCAACCCGCUGAAGCGAAACCUGAAGAACCGCCAUAUGCAAAUGAUCGCUCUUGGUGGCGCUAUUGGAGCUGGUCUUUUUGUUAGUACAGGGUCUGCUCUCCGUGAGGGCGGGCCUGGGUCUUUGUUGUUAUGCUAUUUGAUCGUUGGAGGAAUGCUUCUUCUAACGAUUCAAGCUCUGGGCGAACUGGCUGUGCUCUAUCCCGUAAAUGGAGCCUUUUUCACUUACUGCGUCCGGUUCAUCAGUCCGGCCUGGGGAUUUGCGGUCGGCUGGGACUAUGCUAUUGGAUGGCUCAUCAUCCUCCCAUUCGAACUCACGGCUGCUAGUUUAACGAUCAAGUUCUGGAGUGAAACACUGAACAGUGGAAUCUGGGUGGCAGCGUUUCUAGUCAUUCUGACAGCGAUCCAAUUCUUUGGGGUUCGAGGUUACGGAGAAGUCGAAUUCAUGCUAGGGAUGAUCAAAAUCACUGCCGUUAUUGGGUUCAUUAUCCUCGGAGUUGUGAUUGACUGUGGUGGAGCUCCGAAAGGAGGUUAUAUUGGAGCUCACUACUGGCAUGACCCUGGUGCAUUCACAGAUUUUAAGGGCUUCUGUUCAGUGUUCGUAACAGCAGCCUUUGCCUUUGGGGGGACAGAAAUGACUGGUCUUGCUGCUGCGGAGGCGGCAAAUCCUGCAAAAUCCAUUCCAAAAGCAUCCAAGCAGGUGUUCUGGCGCAUCAUGGUGUUCUAUGUUCUAGGAACUUUUAUUGUUGGCUUGAUUGUGCCUUCCAACGCGGACUGGCUUCUUGGAGCAUCUGGCGCCAAUACCAAGGCUUCUCCAUUUGUCGUGUCGAUCCAGAAUGCCGGUAUCUCUGGGUUGCCCUCUGUGAUGAACGCAGUCAUCACUAUUUCGGUCAUUAGCGUGGCCAACUCCGCGACAUAUGGUUCAAGCCGCACUAUCCAAGCCCUGGCUUCCCGAGGAAUGGCACCGAGAUUCAUGGCAUAUGUUGACAAGGCGGGUCGACCUCUUUACUGUAUCAUUCUGCAGAUUGCUUUUGGGUUUCUUGCCUUCAUUAACGAGGCACCAUCGGGAAGCACUAUCUUUGACUGGCUUCUUGCCUUGUCUGGUAUCUCUGACUUUUUCAUCUGGGGAAGCAUCUGCCUUGCCCAUAUUCGCUUCCGUUCCGCUUGGUCGCACAACGGGCACACCGUACAGGAGCUUACCUUUGCUGCUCCCUUUGGUGUUAUUGGAAGCUACAUCGGUCUAGGUCUCAACGUUCUGUGUCUCAUCGCUGAAUUUUAUGUCUCCGUGGCUACCAAAAGUGCGGAGAGCUUUUUCAUGAACUAUAUUGCUGCGCCGCUUGUGAUACUCCUUUUCGCCGUCUGGAUUGUUUACACCAAGUUCAACAAAGACCCCAAACUUGACCGUGGAGGUUGGUUCAUUCCAAUAGAGAAGCUAGACAUACACAGCUUCAUGAGGGACUCUGCUCUCGAUCUCGAUCUGGCUCCAAGAGUCGAGUAUCCCACUUGGGGUGCUUGGUUCAAAGCUGCUCCGAUGCGUCUACUCCGCUCCAUUUUUUAA